GUCGUUUUACCGUGACGCGUAGGACCGUCCUUCCGAGAAAUCAACUCGAACAGUUGACAAACUUCUUUCAGUUUUGAUUUGCUCAGAUAUAUAAACUUGACAGCGCUGCUGUGAGGAUAUCGUUGUAUCACACUGUUACAAUGUGUGAUAGGAAGAAGGAAGUUGACAAGACUGUCGCGUCGAUUCUAGCCAGGAACAAGACACAGACUCAGGUUGAUAUUAUUUAUUUUUUUUUAAUCGAACUGCUACUGUAGUUAAUUUUAAUUGAUAUUAUACUUUUGCGAGUUUUGUUUGAAGGAUAACCAAUGAAUUAAAUAUAAGUAAAGCAGUGAAUGUUAUGUAUCUAUAGGUUCCAUUAUUUAGCAGACCAUCAAUUUUUUUCCUGUAUACACUAAUAAAAAACAUGUGAUAUGUUUACUCUCUAUAUUUAAUUUACGUAGAGAUAGUAAACUUUUCAUGAAUUGAAGCAAUGGCCUGUGUCAACAUCAUAGAUCAGUUCUCUAGCCAGUGUCGGAUCUGAAUAAAAUGAUCUGAAAUGGUUUUAUGGAAUUUUAAAUGUUUAAUUAACUUUUCUCUCACUUAUUCCUUCUUUCUCUUUCUCUCUUCCCCCCUACCAGUCUCUCUCUCCUCCCCCACCUCUCUCUCUCUCUCUCUCUCUCUGUCUCUCUCUCUCUCUAUCCUCCAAGUCUGCAAAUUUCUAUUUUUUUUACAAAGGAGUUAAGAGAAAUUCAACACUCGUGACUAUCAAGGCGCACAUCUUAUAAUUAAUUUCUCUGCUGGCUCUUUGAUUUCUCUCUACAAUAUAUCCCUAUGCACACACGACGUUCAUGCUCCACUGACUACGUAAUUUUUAUUGUUCGUUCUCUUUAAAUUUGCUUCAGUUUUUCCCAUUUUAUUUUUUUUAAAGACUUUACGCCCUAAGAGCCGUUGUGGAGAACCAGUCAAAAGGAACUGGGAGUAUGGGGGGGGGGGAGGGGGUGGUUAACCAACAUAUAUGGCAAGAAUGGAUCUAAAUUAUUGUUACAAAUGUAAAAUAAUUGAUUGUUACCAUAUCGUCAAAACAGGAAUUGAUUGUAAAGGUGGUGUGCCGAACAUGCUAAUUUGAAAUACCUUCCUUGUGCAUUGCCUUCGUAUAAUUAUUUUACCCCCUCCAGUCCCCCCCCCCCUUUUUUUCACCCCACACCCACACAGCGAGAGAACCAUACACACAUACACUGUCAACCACACACACACACACCAAAGCACGCAUGUACACACACGCACCGACCCCCCUCUCCUGUCAAGACAGGUCAUUCAUUAUAAGAUAAUCCUUUUUUUUUGUUUUGUUCCAUGUCACUGACACCAGAAGCGGUUGCAAGGUUUCAAAAUAGCCAAGCUUUACAUCGACGUUGGAGAGUUCUCCAAAGCCCAGAGGUAGGUGGUAUUGAAUUAUUGAAGAACUGCAAGAACUAACGACUCAAGGUAGGCUUGUGGGCAGUGGCGUAGCGAGGCAGGUGCGGGGGCGGGGGGGGGGGUGCGGACCGCACCGGGUGACACCGUUUUAGGGGUGACACCCGAUUGAAAAAUUGCAUAUUUACAGGGCACACAUUGCUCGCAAAAAUCGAGAUUCAUAAAAGAAUAACCGAAGGGGGGGGGGGGUGGGGGGGGGCGGGGGGGGGGGGGGGGGGGGGGGGGGGGGGGGGUGCGGACCGCACCGGGUGACACCGUUUUAGGGGUGACACCCGAUUGAAAAAUUGCAUAUUUACAGGGCACACAUUGCUCGCAAAAAUCGAGAUUCAUAAAAGAAUAACCGAUCACACAUAUAUAUUUUUCACAAAUGUAACCAAUCCAAAUGCGUGCUUUAUUAAAAGUUCAAGGCUGAUGCUAUACUGUGGACUUAUUUUAACAAGAAAAAAUCGAUCAUAGAAGUUUGGGGGGGGGGGUGACACCAUGAGUUUACCGCACCGGGUGACACCAACCCUAGCUACGCCACUGCUUGUGGGGGACGGGUACACUGUCACUCUCGUGUAUUGUCCCAGGCGUUCCUGGAAGCGGGUGGUCGAUUCGGGGCACCCUAACGGCUAGUGCCAACGGCAGCGGGAGAUUCGUGAUUGGAAGAGGAUUAUUGCCACGUCACCAUUCCCGGUAGUUCAAACACUUUAAUCGCGUACACAUAUUAACCCUGCGUCGUAGCUGCCUAUUUCUUGAGGCCAUCUAUCAACACCGGUUCAAUGUCGGGACACUAUUUCAAAUUUCCUCUGCAGUAGUCACCCGCUGAUUUAAAUUAUUGGGUCAUGUGAUAAAAUUGAUAAAGGUUACAUGCGGUUGCAUUGGCGAGGUCGGCUAGACAUUGAUGGCAGGCGGACUGACCACGUGAUGAUCUUGUGGCUCUAAAUAUUGUGCUGACCUGAAAAAAACUAAAAACAUUAUAUAAAUAUCUACUUACACAUCUUUUUUGCACACCCUAUAAGCCACACAAUCAAACGCCAUCUAAACAUCUAGCCACACAUCGAGUAUGUACGUACACAUCUAAUCUUCACACAAGUCACAUAAUCAAACAAUCUAGCCUACUCACAUUUCUAAUUAGCUACCAUCACAAACAAACAAACAAACAAACAAACAAACACACAAACACACACACAAACACACACACAAACACACAAACACACACACAAAGACGCGCACGCACGCACCCACGCACGCACGCACACACACACAGACACACACACACCAACCAUCAGGCACACUCCUUCUAAAAUGAUCAAAAUGUUUGAUAUUACUGCAAACUAUUUUCUUUCAAAAUGGAAGAAAAAAAAUUGAACGGAAAACGAAACAAAACUUUAUAGAAUGUUUACGCUGCAGUUUUUAAAAAAAAAAAUUAAAAGUGAUUUCUCUUUCAUUUUUCUGGGAAAGAAAUGUCAAGUUGAUGUCGUCCUAUUUCAGUUUCAGUUUUCAGCGUUUUUUUUGUUUUUUGACAUCCGCCCCCCUCCACUUCUGUAUUUAUAGUGAAAUCGAGACACUUUAGGAGAAUGAUGUGUGCUUGAUGAUUUGUGUGUGUGUGUGUGUGGACGGUAGCUCAUUAGAACUUAUUGUAGGCUAGAUUUUUUGAAUGUGUGCCUUGUGUGAAGUUUAGUCUAUCGUAACCGUAACGUAUUUAACUUCCAGGCCAGCAACAAAACUGUCGGUGACGGGAAUGGAGGGGAAGAAGUGUGUGUGUGUUUGUGUGUGUGUGGUUGGGGGAACCUGUUGUGUGUUUGUGUGUGUGUGGUUGGGGGAACCUGUUGUGUGUUUGUGUGUGUGUGGCUGGGGGAACCUGUUGUGUGUUUGUGUGUGUGUGUGGUUGGGGGAACCUGUUGUGUGUUUGUGUGUGUGUGGUUGGGGGAACCUGUUGUGUGUUUGUGUGUGUGUGGUUGGGGGAACCUGUUGUGUGUUUCUGUGUGUGUGGUUGGGGGGAACCUGUUGUGUGUUUAAGAAUGAGGUCUUUAACCCUAGCGUAUAUUUAUUUUUUUUAACACAUGAUUUACUGUUAAGUUACACAACGUAAGGGGAAAAGAAAACUGCUGUCGAGUAGUUGAAAACGUGUACUUAGAUACUCCUGGCUUAAGUAAUAAAUAAUGUAAAUGUGUUAGCUAGAAAAACUAGGCCUGUCACAGAUGGUACGGAGAUUUGAUGUUUAUGGCAAUGGCCCAGAGGCGUAGCUAGAGUGUUUGGCGCCCGGGGAUAAGAUUCGUUUUAAAGAGCCCACUUUUCUUUUUUUUUCAACUCUCAAACCCAUUAUUUUCAUUAAUAACAUAAUAUCAAAGCACAUUUUGGUGCCCCAAACUAGCCUGGCGAACAGGGACAUCUGUCGUCGCCCCCCCCCCCCCUUAGCUAUGCCUCUGCAAUGGCCCAACUAUUGUUCAUAUCGCAAGUGGUAUUGAUGUUGCUGUAACCAAUACAGACCCACUUUUCUUUUUUUUUCAACUCUCAAACCCAUUAUUUUCAUUAAUAACAUAAUAUCAAAGCACCUUUUGGUGCCCCCAACUAGCCUGGCGAACAGGGACAUCUGUCGUCGCCCCCCCCCCCCUUAGCUAUGCCUCUGCAAUGGCCCAACUAUUGUUCAUAUCGCAAGUGGUAUUGAUGUUGCUGUAACCAAUACAGGUCCGCCCCUUCUCUGUGAUAGUUCACUGGUCAAGGCGUUGAAGAUAGCAACGAAGUAAACACAUGCCACUAAUCAAUUAUCAAACAACUCCACUGCAGCAGUUGCAAAGAAGCGAUGCAUUUGAUGUAUAUAGUAUAAUAAAUAUAGAGAUGGCUUUUUUCCUAUAACUAAACACUCGAAUUUUCUAACAUUUCAGUGUCUAUAGGUUACGCUAUAGCUUCUCUAUCUGGGUCCAAAUCUCCGGACUUUCUCUGAUGUAGCUGAAAAUCCUGGAUUAUCAUAUAUACACGUCAUAUUUCUCCCUGCAUGUCCAGUUACUACUCGAACUCCAAUCAAGUCCUUCAGUCCUUGAAAUCAAACUGUUGUAUCCCACUCAUUAUUUGCAUUGUAACCUCCAUCGCGUACAACCUAACUUCAUUUGCCUACGAGCUUCGUUUCAUGCCAUCACCAUCACCAUCAGAUACUGCAUCAGUAUCAGGUACUCCAUCACUAUCAGGUAUUCCAUCACUAUCAGGUACUCCAUCACUAUCAGUGCUCAUCACCAUCAGAUACUUCAUCACUAUCAGGUAAUCCGCCCCUAUCUAGUAUUUCAUCACUAUCAGGUACUCCGGCACUAUCAGGUACUCCACCACUAUCAGGUAUUUCAUCACUAUCAGGUACUCCAUCACUAACAGAUACUCCGUCACUAUGAGGUACCCAAUAACUAUCAGGAACUCCAUCAUUAUCAGGUACUCCAUCACUAACAGAUACUCCGUCACUAUGAGGUACCCAAUAACUAUCAGGAACUCCAUCAUUAUCAGGUACUCCAUCACUAACAGAUACUCCAUCACUAUCAGGUACUCCAUCACUAUCAGGUAAUCCGCCCCUAUCUAGUAUUUCAUCACUAUCAGGCACUCCGGCACUAUCAGGUACUCCACCACUAUCAGGUACUCCAUCACUAUCAGGUACUCCAUCACUAUCAGGUAUUUCAUCACUAUCAGGUACUCCAUCACUAACAGAUACUCCGUCACUAUGAGGUACCCCAUAACUAUCAGGUACGCCACCACCAUCAGGUACUCCAUCAUUAUCAGGUAUUUCAUCACUAUCAGGUACUCCAUCACUAACAGAUACUCCGUCACUAUGAGGUACCCCAUAACUAUCAGGUACUCCACCACUAUUAUAUACUCAUCCACCAUCAGGUACUCCACCACCAUCAGGUACUCCACCACUAUCAGGUAUUUCAUCACUAUCAGGUACUCCAUCACUAACAGAUACUCCGUCACUAUGAGGUACCCCAUAACUAUCAGGUACUCCACCACCAUCAGGUACUCCAUCAUUAUCAGGUAUUUCAUCACUAUCAGGUACUCCAUCACUAACAGAUACUCCGUCACUAUGAGGUACCCCAUAACUAUCAGGUACUCCACCACUAUUAGAUACUCAUCCACUAUCAGGUACUCCAUCAUUAUCAGGGACUCAUGGGAACUAAAAGCAAAGGUCUUUUACUCCUAUACCUUACAACGGAUAAAUACAUCACCUCUUUACCUUGCAACAUAUAUCUAACUUAUUCCUUUACCUUACAACAGAUACCUAACUCAUCCACUCACCUUACAACAUGUACCUAAGUUAUCCCGUUACCUUACAACAGAUAUCGAACGUAUCCCCUUACCUUACAACAAUUACCUAACGUAUCCCUUUACCUUACAACAGAUCCCUAACUGACUACUUGAUUGAAAGACACAAUGAGCCACUUGCGCAUGAACUCAUGGGAGAGAUCUACGAGGCUGUUGGACAACCAGCAGAAGCUCUAGAGAGUUUUAAAAGGUCAGAUUUUUUUAUAAUUAUUUUGGCUGGUUUGCAGUCAACAAAGUGUAUUGUUAUUUGCAAGCUAUUUUUGUUUCUUUAUUCAGAACCGAAAUCGUUAUUUCAAUCUUUCUACAACGCCCCCCUCCCCACCUACCCCCACCCCUCUUUUGUUUUCUUCCGUGGGCCAAAGUCCGUCAAGACCCAUGCUCCCUUUAUGUCUCUUCCUGGUGUUUGACACACAAUGUUUCGCCAAGUCGCAACCAUCGUUCCAGACACAUUAGUUAGGUUCCUUCCUACCCAACGUGUGUUCUUUGGCCCCCAUGUGUUAGUGUCCACUUAACUUUAUCUUUGUUGGUUCUCACGCCAAUGCCUUUCUGGCGAGUGGCGAUGCAUGACUAUCCUAAUCCCAGAGGAUAAGCAUUCAAGGGUUAAUAUCGACAUUCACUUCUUAGUUGUGUUUAAGGCUGCGGCUAUUCGGACCCUGUAUCAGAAGGGAGAGGUUGGGUUUUAAAAAAAAAAUAUUAAAAGUAUUAUUGUUGGGGUUGUAAGAUAAAAUUUGGUAUCGAAUGAAAGAUAAUUGAAUGGACCAUAUGUUUGUAAAAAUUCUUCAGUUUAACUAAAAUAAAAUACCACAACGAACAUCCGAAUAGUGUUUGGUCUAAUGGGACCCUAGGACAAUGUGCCCGAAGGACAAAGCCAAAGAAAAAUCUAAUGAAAAAGGGAAACUCUAUCGUAAAAUCCAAAGAAAAAGGGAAAUUAAAGAAAAAAGGGAAACUCUACAGAAAAAUCCAAAGAAAAAGGGAAACUAAAGAAAAAAGGCAAGCUCUAUAGAAAAACCUAAAGAAAAAAGGGAAACUCUACAGAAAAAUCCAAAGAAAACGGGAAACUAAAGAAAAAAGGGAAGCUCUAUAGAAAAAAAACUAAAGAAAAAAGGGAAAAUCUACAGAAAAAUCUAAAGAAAACUGGGAAACUCUAAAGAAAAAUCCAAUACAAAAGGUCAAUACCAGCGGUUUUUUCUAUAUCUCAUGAAAUAUUUAUCUCAACUCCAUUGAAAUCUGCUCCAUACUUAGCUGGGAGCUAACGAUUUACAAGUGUACAUUGUUGAGUUUCCAUCAGGUCAGUGGAAUCCCAACAUGUCACCUGCAGCCGUACAUACAGUCUGUGAAAUACCGAACAGGUUGCUGUUGGUGUUAUAUUUUAGUUAUGUGAAGGGAUUAUUUCAGAAAUUUCCCCCCGGGGGGGCACUGCAGAUUUUUCGGGGGGGGGGGAAGGGGGCAGUGCCAGCAGUGCCAGUUGAUUUGUUGUUGGACAUAUUUUUGCUCCGGGGGGGGGGCGCUUGGCUUUCCCCGGAGAUAUAGCUGAAAGAAACCCUGGUUAUGUGCUUCUUCGUGACAGCAAUUGACAUCAUAUGUGAAAUUUAAUGUUGCAAAUUCAAAGAUUAUUAGUAGUUAUGACUCUUUUGAACAAAGUCGAUGAACAUGGUAAAAUAAACAUGAACAUGAUAUAAUGAGUAUCGUCUGAUGAAUACUCAAGUGAUUAUCUAUCGAUGAUUUAAAAAAAAAGAGAUUUUAAAUAAACUUUCGAAAUUAUUUACAUGUUAAAAAAUAAAUGAUUUCUCCCCUUUAUAUUUUAAUAAAUGAUUAUUGACAGUCCUCCUGAUAUUAAAAAAAAAAAUGAUUACUCUUACUUAUAUGAAAAAAAAUUAUUUUGACCUAUUUUUCACUAACACAUUUCAGGGCGUAUGAUUAUGGUGGUUCCCGCUUCUGCAAAGUCGUUAAAAAAAGUAAGAAGAUUACCUGCAAUAAAGAUAAUGAAGUUAAAGAUAAUAGCUUAGUACUAGACGCCAGGUUUUGUGUCAGUUACCUGCACCAAGUUACAUUUUAGUUACAAUUGGCCAGAUAAAAAUUACAAAAAUGUGCAACAUCAUUUUCAUAAGCAAAGCAAGCAAUUAAUGGGUGGUCUGCAUAAGGGGAAGCAAUUAAUGGAUGGUCUGCAUAAGGGGAAGCAAAUUUGUAUUUUAGAUGAGUUCUAAUCUCAAUAUGAUAAAAGAACAUAAUAGUGGUUUUGGGAGAAAAAAAAAGUGUGUGGGGGGGGGGGUGGUCCUGCUAUCAGGUUUUCUCAUAGGAAAUACUAGGUAAUGAGAAAAAAAAUGAUAGGGGACAAGAGACAUGUAGUUUUUUCCCUUAACUUACGUUUCGUAUUUCAUGGUGUGGUGGCCAGCGGGAAGGUGAAAAAUUAAAAAAAAAUCCAUGCAUCCUGGAAAGCUGAAAGAAAAUAAUACAUUUCCUGCUGAUUUGACUUUGUCUUUAAGGGCGAUAUUUUGAAUAGGUAGAAAAAAUGAAUUAUAUCAUUUUUUUCAUUUAAUUAAUUCUACAUGAAUAUGUGUGAUUUUCUUCCUGCUUAGUCGGUGAUCUGUAUUGUGACAUUGGAACAGAAAUUCAAACGUUAAAGGUAAAUUUCGAAUUUAAAAUUGAUUCUUUUGAAAUACAUUUAAAGAAGGGAAAAAAAAAAGAAUUUAUGAAAAAUCAAAGUUGGCUAUCUGUUUUCUCUAGGUCUAGUCAUCUCAAUGUGUUUGGACAAUAAAAUAAAUGACUUAGUCAUAAAUCAGAAUUUUUUAACCGGUGCGUCCGUCGUGACACACAGAUUCACAAUUGCUUCGUGGAAUAACAUAAUUUUUUUAAUUCCCCUCCUCCUCUCCCCCCCCCCCCCCCACAAAAAAGGCACACCUAUUCAUGAACAUGUUAGUAAUUAGAAGUCCACACUAUUUCCACACUAUCAUUUUCCUCUAAAGCCGUUCUUCCUCGACACAGUCUGAAUAUUGAAGUUGAAGUCUGCUUCUUGCUUUGGUGGUUUAAAUCGAACCAGCUGAAACUGAACUUCUUCAACUCUUUUCUUUAGUAUUAUUUAUAAGUCUCCUUUUAUCAUCUUCAGUAAAGCCACUAGUCUUUGUAGGCUUCAUAAAUUUCAUUUUUUAUUUCGCAAUUGGAAAUCUUAAUUAUUUUAAGUUUUGUAAAAACAUUUGUCCUUUCACUUUCAAAUAGACAAUUAGUUGUAGAGUAGGUCUACAUUCUAAUAGGUAUAGUCUAAGGUUAUGCAUGCUAGUCCACAAUUACUACAAAUAAUUUCUUUUGUCACCUGUUUUUUUUUUUUUUGAAACACGAAAACAAUAUUUAAAAAGAAUAGACAUAAUUAGAGCUGACCUACAAUUUUAGCUUUUCUAAUAAAGUCAGUGUAUAACUUUUUCUGUUUGUUUGUUUGUUUUUUUUUUUAAAGUUUUGGCUUGAGCAAUGUGACAGAUUCUUCCCCAAAACUAGUACAGCAGUAAGGAUCAAGGUAAAAAUAAGUUUUCAAAUGGCUGAACACAGGGCAAAAUUUAUUUAACAAUAUUUAGUGGGCAACUAAUUUUAUAUUUUAAAAUCAUUUUCAUGGAAUAAUACCGAAUUGUUAAUGCUAUUUUUAAAUGUACUAAUUAUUUUAUCAUUACCGAAUAACACAUUUGUAGUCUCAUUGAUCAUUGAUAUAAUAUUUGCAAUAUUUAUAUCAAAAUUAACUUUUAUUUUAUGGGUAUCACUAGACUAGUAAUAGUAGUGGUCACUAGUAUCAGCUGCUAAAAAAUUCAUAAUUAUAAGGAUGGUUGUAAAUUGUAAGGCCAACAGAUAGGAUCUUGAGUAUGAUUGACAUGGACAUGAGCUGAUCUUAAAAUAGGUAUGAUUCUGAAGAUCAGUCUUAAAUGAAAUAUGUGAAGCAAACUUAUAAAGAAAACCAAUACAUAUCACCUCAUAUAAAUGUUGGUAGGCCUAGGUAAUGAAAUUAGAAAUUAAUUAUUGCAAAAAAAAACAACAACAAAAAACGUCAAAUAACUCAUAACCUCAAUUUGUUUUAUGUUUUCUUAGGCACAUAUCAACAAUUACACCGAAGCUCGAGAAAACCAAGCAACAAAUGACCAGGUUUGUUUGUUUGAAUAAGAAUAAGAUCUUGCAAAUUUUGACAUAAUAUUUCCCCUGAAACCAGUUCAAAAGUUUUAUUUUAACAAUUAGAUCAAGGCUGUUAUGAAAAAAAUUAAGAACAGCAAAGAGUAAAAGAUAUUUCUUAUAUCACACUGGACUUAUCAUACAGCAAAUAAUGAAAGGCAAACAAGUUUUCAUCCUAUAAAUCAUAAAAUUGGCAGAGUUAACAUAAAAUACAACAUAACUUAUUUUGAAAAUUUAAAGACAAACAUACAUUGUCAUUGCAUUUUAAUUAAUUUAAAGAUGGUUUUCAAUUUUAAUUAGAAUUAGGUUAAUUUUUUAAUGAAAAUAAAAAUUUAAAAAAAGGAAAUGUAUAGUCAAUAAAUUCUUAGCACUUUACAACAAGAAAUUCCUUGACCUUUAUUUCCACUUCCAAUUGAUGUUAGUAUCAUUUGAUAAUGACAUUUCUUAAUAUUUCAUUUUUAGAUGGAACAUGAUUUUUUUUCUGUAAUAAUUUACCCCAGUCAUGACACCAACCAUUGGGAAAGUUUUCUUCAAUUUUGUUUAGUUGACAAUUAUUGUUAUAAGAUUUGUGCACAAUAAUUGUCUGACAAAUAAUUAAAUUUUAAAAACUUGUAUUGUAUUAAAUUGAAUAAACCUGAUAUCAACGCCAUAAUGGCUUUAUUAAUUAAGGUCAUGGAUGAUUUAUCGCUCCACAUCAAGUUGUUGAAUGACUUGACUGAAAAAGGAAGAUGGGACAAGGCAUGUGAAGCAGCUGUCACUUGUAACUUUGAGACAAAGUUUGUAGAGGAGUUUCAUUGGUUUGACUGUCUCCAUUCAGUAUUUAGAGUAAGUUUUAAAAAAAUAAUAAUAAUUAUAAUUUAUAUUAAUAAUAAUAAUUGUAUGGUUGUUAAAAAAUACAAAAAAUUAUCUAGGUAUUAAAUUUCUUUAAAGUUCUGUAUAAAAAGUAAAAUUUAAUAUGAUAUCAUAUUACCAAUUUGUUUAUAAAUAAUUUACAUUUUUAUUUUUUGUAUGCAUAAUUUUUAGUUCAUAUAAUUAAUAACAUGCUUGACAAAACUGAUAGUAAAAUUUAAAAUAGUAUUCCAUCCUAGAAUUAACAAUAAAAUGUGUGCUGUUAAAAAUAUAAAUUAUUUAUGUCCCAGUAGUUUAUACCAAAUACAUCAUUGUGUAAGGCUUAAAAGUAAAAUAAUUUUAGUAGCUAAAAUUUAAAAAUAAAUUACAAAUAAUAUUCUUUUACUAAAACCUAAUCCCAUCUUUUUCAAAUUUCUUAAAUGUAAAUACUAAUUUAGUAUUUAUUAUAUAUUUCUUCAAAAUUUUGUAAAUCUUGAUAAUUUUCCAAACAGGAAUAUGGUGUCAAAAACCCAGAUGUGAGAUUUACCUAUGAUUACAAUCUUCAUUACCUCUACAUUCUUAGAAACCUAACAUACCUUAGUCUGUGUACAAGACAUGUUAACAUUUGUGUCUAUGCUCUGAAGAGGUAACAUUUUGAUGCAAACUUAUAUCUAUUUAGAUUAUUAAAAUAAAAUUAAAAAAAAAACUUUAAUUGUCUAGCAUAAUUUAAUAAGUAUAUGUAUUUUAGUUAUAUAUUUGGAUAAGCUUUCAAAGAAGACCUACAUGGCAGCUAUGGCGUACAAACAGACUACACUAACCAUGCAUUUAUGGAACUCUCCAACUAAUGUCCACAAAUUUUACACAUUAUCCAACAAAAUAUUUUUUUCCAACUCUUUCUAUUGUACAUAAAUAGUUUUUAGGACAAAAAAAAAAAAUAAUUAACUCCUUUCUUGAAAAAUAUGCAGUCAAGAUAAUAUUACAAACAAUACAAAACAAUGCACAGUGAAAUGAGAGAGCAGCCAAAAAAAGCAAAACAAGGGGCCUGUAAUCAACAGCCUAUGUCAUUCAACACACCCAAGCAGAUUAUCAAUGCUAUCUAAAGAAAAGACUGGUUAAAUGACUGGGCACUGGGCUCAACAGGAAGCUAUGAGUUUACAAACAUACAUAUGCACAUUCCAAAACAGUGCAAAAUUGCCUCCGAAGACAGGAAACAGGUGUCAAUUUUUUGACUGCAUACAGCACAAAUAAAAACUUACACUUGAAAGGGAUAAAACGUGAUAAGCCAUGACCUUAUUCAAAAAAGAUGGUGCCACAUCCACCUAAUCACUGCUCAUCACUCCAGGAUUUUCACGAUAAAUAGCUACCCCUCUACUCUCACAAUGUAUACAGACAGAGAGAAAGGAAGAAGCCUACACAUUUUUCACUAUGAUCUCAUGUCAAAAGAAACUUGCCCCAAUGUUUACAGAAACAAGAUGAUGUUGAUACUAAUUAGACACUUUUAGAAAAAAUUUGUCAUAUGCAUCUUUGAUAAAAAUGUAUGAAAAUUAAUUUCUUUAUAUAUUUUAGAAGCCAAAUUAAGGUUCAGUUUUCUGGUGAAAUAUUUUCAUUAAAAAAAAUCUUAGAUAUUUUAUAAAUAUCCAUUUAGCGUAAUAAUUUUUUUAAAUUGAACACCCAGGAAAAGAGCAUAGGGCUAUUCAGACAUACUUUGAAAAUUUAGUUUGGCAAUGCUUGUAGUUUCUUCACUUUUGAAUCAUGCAGAAGUUGUUUUUCCAUCAACUCUAAAGAAAAUCCAAAUCCAAUAAAAUAGAUAUCUGUUGGAUAUGAGUGUUUUUACUACAAAAAGUAUCAGAAAAAAAUAAUAUUUUAAGUAGCAAGAAUAUUAACUAAAGAUGCAAAAGAUUCCAAACAUCACAGUCAUUAAUAUUUUUAAUAUUAAUUAAAAUGAUAAUUAUGCUAUAUAAAAUCUAUUUUACAAUCUGUCAAUAUUUGUUUUUAAAGAGAUGCACUUUUCUAUAAUACUUGACCUAAUUUUGAUUUUGUUAUUCUUAGCUUUGAUCAGCAAUUGAACCAUGCCCUAUCCUUGGACAUGACAGAUGGUACUUGGCAUGGUUUGAUGAAAGAAAUUAAAGGACAGUUUUUUUUCCUGGCUGGUGUUCUUUUGUUAAAGAAGGCCCAGGAUGUGAGUAAAUAUGGAUGCAUAAGGUUUCUACAUUUUCAACUCAGCUUGAUAAUUAAUAAUUGACUUAUGAAGGGUUUCAUUUAUAUACAAAAAAUAAUAAAUACAGAUGGAUAAAUUCUUACACAGCCAUAUGUUAAGAAAAAUUGUUGGUUUAAUAUAAAAAAAAUCUUUUCAAAGGAGAAAAGUAGUUUUCUACACAAAUAAUUAUUAUUUUAUUUUGUAAGCUUCCAUUACAAACAUUAUUAAAACAUGUGUUAAAAUAAAUCUAUUUUAAAUAUGUAAAACAUACAUUUUUAUUAUCAACUAGGGUUUAUUACCAUUAGAAAAUGGAGUCAAGGCAGCAGGAGCUUGUUUUUUAACCAGCUACAAAGUUGAUCCCAUCAACAGCAAUGAGAAAUGGAUUGCCAAUCUACCCCAGCAUGGGAGCAAAUUUUACAAAUGGUGGUAUCUUCAAAGCUAUGAUCGUGUGUCUCAGAUUGGUAUGUUGGAUGACUUUAAAAAUGGGCUAUUUGUGAUGUGAAAGUUCUUUUAAGGUCCAUCUCAUUGUGUUGUAACUGACUGCAGGACUUUUUUAACAUUCAGUUUUUUUAAUGAAAUCAUUUGCUAAUCAAAAUUUUUGCAAGGUUUGCAAUGUAUGGCUCAUUGAGACAAAUGGUUGGUAAGCUGGAGUCAAGGGAAAGGCUGGGUGUUAGAAAGUUGGGAUUUUGGUCAGGAAGCAAGAGAGAGUCAUGUUCCAAAAAAAAGUUUGGGAUAAAAAUUUAAUAUAUGGCCAUAAUGGAGGUAACAGAGCUGCAUGGAGUACAUAUGCCAUCUUUAAAAUGUUGCAGAACUUAAAAGAAAAUAGGAUGGCACAAUUUUUUUCACUGAAGAGAGUAAAGAUCCUUAUAUAAAUUUAUAUUCAAUAAUUAGGAUUAUCAAAUUGAAACACAAAUAAGUUUACACUUUUUAAAAAAAAAUAAAUAUGUCUAACUUAGGCUAAAAUAUCAAAUUUGAUGAAAUGUAUUGCUUGAAUUGCAACACUUGAAGAAAUGAUAUAUAAAAUAUAUUAAUUAUUUCUAAACCUUUUACUCAAAAAACUCUUAUAUUAAUAUUAAUUAUUAUACUCUCCUACUUUUCUUAACUUUUGCAUUUAAAUUAAAAACCUAUGGAAGCAAAAGUAUUUUCAUAAAUCAUUUUUUCACUAGCCAUUAAUUAAUGCCUACACAUUCUGCAGCAUAAAUUAUUUUUAAAAAUGAAUGCAAUUUUUAAAUAUUAAUAAAUAAAUAUAUUAAUUUUUAUGCUUGAUGUGAAUAUUUUCCUUUAUGCAACCCCAAUAUGCUUAUAUCAAUUGACAGACAGAAAGGGAUAUGUUAAUCCAUCCUAUUAAUUUAAGGUUGGCUUUUUCUACAACACUCAUGAGAAUUUAAUACAUUGUUGUUGUUUUUUUUAAAAUUUAGGACACAUGUUGAGCCAAUGGACUAGUUCCAACAUUCUGGAAUGGAGUAAAACACAUCAGUUUAUGACACAUGAUGGUCAAAAAUAUCUAUACAAGCUUCUUUUUGGUGAUGAGGCUGAGACAGAAGAAAUGAAACAAUCUUUUUUCAACCAAUCCAGGGAGUUGUUGGAUAAAUCAGCUCUCAAGACACAAUUGACUGACAGAAAUCUUGCAGAGAUAGAUAAAGGUUAGCACUAGAUAUCAAACAUAUUUAUUAGUCUCAAUGCUUAUUUUUAUGAAUUCAGGAAUAAAAUUAAAAUUAUUUCUAUUGACAUUUUUAGGUUCAAGAUCUUAGAAAGCCAUACGUGAUGAUGGGUGGAAAUUCAAAUAUUACUAAGGUCUUUUUUGGCGUUGGUGGUCAUUCAGAAGGUUCCAUGAGACUUUUAUCAUGCCACUUGGGCUUUGGCCAUAAUUACAAAUAAAAGAAAGCAUGAACUUUGCAAGAAUAAAAAGAGAUAUUGUUGUGUUGGUAUAACACAGGCUAAUGUUAUACAGCUAACUAUUAUAGAAUUACUGAAAAUAUUUUUUCCCCACCUUUGGGAGACUUGAAUGUUUCAAACCUUUAAAGCAGUGGUUCUUAACCUGGGUUCGAUCGAACCCCAGGGGUUUGGUGAGUCAGUCUCAAGUGUUCGGCGGAGGUAAAAAAAAAUUCAGAAAAAAAAAAUUGCAUUUUAUUUUUCCUUUUAAGAAGGGUUUGGUGAAUUUGCAUAUGAAACUGGUGGGGUUCAGUACCUCCAAAGAGGUUAAGAACCACUGCUUUAAAGGAUAUCUAUAAUCAAGAUAAAUUUAAUCAGUUAAAACUAUUUAUUGUGAUUUGUGUGCUUAUUUUGAUAUUCUUGUUAGGUCUUUAGCACAUAAACCUUCAAUAGGGUUCCACUGCAUGUCUACAAUCUGCCUUCUCAUUGCACCAAGUUAGUUUAUUGCUCCUCAUAAUGCAACUCCAACCAUGGUCAAAUAAUAUAGUUGAAAUCAAAGUAUGUAUAUUAAUAAUGACCUUAGGAUAGUGACAAGCAAUCUUUUCACAAUGUCUGCGGCACUCUGACAAUGAAUGGCUUCUAUCCUGGUUAGGGUUAAUUUAAUCUGUUCUUUCUUUUAUAAUAAUUUAUAAAUAAAUACCUAGUAUUUAAAAUUUAAAUAAGGAUAAGCCUACAGGUAUUACUUAUAUUGAUACUUUCAGUUGCAUGUAAACUUCAUCUGUGCAACCUGUCUCAUUUGGUAUGGUUGUGUCGACAACACUACUCACCAGACAUAGACGUCCAACCUCACUGUGAGUACUCACAUGCCUAAAACUGUGUGAUUUUUAUUCAGUUUUUUACUUUGUAAAAUCUAUUUGACAUGGUAUAAUUUUAUUAAUUCUGAAGGCAGUUAAAUAAUGUCUUUAUUAAUUUAUUUAAUUUUAAUGCCUGAUAACUGAAAUGAUUGUGCUUUCAUUACUUCAAAAGAAUUCACAAUAAACUCCACAAUUAAGAACCAAUAAUCAGUAUUAUUAGUAGUAUUAGUAUCACAUAUUUAGUAAAAGAGAAAGAUGUUUUUUAAAGAUACUUUGUGAUCAGGAUCUUAAAAAUAUCACAAUUGAUGUGUAAAACUUUGGUAUGUGAGUUACAAAGAGAUUGUUAAAGAUGGGAAAUCUUUCUUUUAAAUUUAUAUAACAAUGUGAAAAGAUUCAUUUUUUACUUAUUAUUUAUUUUACUAAUGUUUUAUGUGUGGAUAAGAAUUAUGAUAUAUCAUAACAUGAGGUUCAUGCAUUCAGUUUUUGAGAAGUAGUUCUAAUCAACAUUUUAUCAGAGCCAUGAAGCAUUUUAUUAUUAUCUCUACCUUCUGCAGAUCCAUUUUUUACCAUAGAAGACUUUCACUAUGGUGUGAGGAGCAUGGACAAUGGAGUUAUUGGCUCACUAUGCCAAACUGACAUUUUGGUAAAUUCUUCAUUAAAUUAAUUUUAUAAAACUUUUAUUUAUUUAGUUACAGAUUUUGUAGCUCAACAAAAAAUACCUAUUAUUUACUGUAGGUUUUCCUGUUAGCCACUGUCCGUUGUUCAUCCCAUGAGGUUAGUGAUGUUAGUUCUUUGAUUGACAAUGCAUGGCACAUAUUUCCAAUGCCAGUUGGUCUGACUCAGGAUCUAUGUACCCCAGAGCAAGCUGAAUGGUGGAAUGCAGCUUAUAACUACUGUACUUCAAAAUACAAGUAAGAUUUAUUUUAACUGAUAUAUAAUAUGAGGAAGGCAAUUAUUUGUUCUUCAAAUGUUUAAUAAUUUUAACAGUUCUUCAGUUUUUAUCAAUUUCAUUAAAAAAAAAUUUUUAUUUGAAUAAUUUACAGCAAAACAAAAUGUUUAGUCAUAAGAUAUUUAUUUUAAUUACAAUAUAUUAAAAACACAAAUUUCAGGAUUAUUUUGCAGAAGGCAAACAUUUAUAAAAGUUUUUGUGUUAAGCAUUUUUGCAUCUAUAACAAAUGUACUAUUAACCAUACAGAUCUGAAUUUCUUGAUAUGAGGCGAAUCCUGGUCAAAGGGAUUGAAACUGUCCGGCUAGUUGGACCACACGGCAUGUCUGUACAUAUGAUGGUCCAUGUUGCGAGGUCACUGAGCGCAAAGGUGAGUGGAGUUCUUUAGAAUUAAUUUAGCUGAUUUAUGUUUUAGCUCCCAUUAUUUUAAUUUGCAAUUUUGAAUGGUUUAGCAAUUUUGUUUUAUUUUUAAAUAUGUCAUUUUUAUUUUGGGAAGCUAUGUGUGAGCCUAACAAUUAUAGAUUGAUUAUUACAAUUUUUUCCAUCAUAGUUUUUUUGCACUAUAAGUCAAACUUACUUAUUCUGCCCUAUCAUUAUUUAAUUAUUUGAACUUAAGAUCAAUCGCACUUGGCCUCAUCACAUUUUAAGAAUUUAUUCAGAGUGCUACACUAAAUAUUGUUGUGGGGUUAUUGUUGUUUUUUUUUGGUGGGGAUUUUUUAAAAUACAUUUUUCCACUAAAUUUAAACAUUUUUAAGCUUAAAUUUUUAGUUUCAAAAAAAAAAUUUCAAAGUGCGUUUAUUAAAUACGUUUUGACGUUUAAAAUUUUAAGCUAUGGACAUUAUUUUUGGAUGGCUUAUGAAUUCUAUAGAGCUAAAAUUUGGCUAUGGAAACUUGUGAACUAUUAUGCUUUUAAAUGUUCAAUAUUACAAUAAUUAAAAUAGUUUUUUGUUUUUUUAAAUAAAAAGUUUUAAUGCAUAUCGAAUUAGUAAGUCAGCUACACUAAUAAGGAAAAGGCUAAACUAUUUCUUAUACAAUUAUGUAUGCUUUUUGGUAUAUAACUUAUAGAAUAUUGGAUUUUCAUCAAAUAAAUUCAAGUAGGACAGAAAAAUUACAUUGUCUCUCCAUGUUAGAAUAUCACCAGAUUAUAUGAAGUUAUUAAGAAAAGCUUUUAUAUGAUCUUCAAAGUUUCUCUAAGUAAUGUUAUAAAAAUUAAAAUUUUAACUAUGUAAUAUGCUACAUUUAAAGAAAAGUGUGACUACUUAAAAUGAUAGAUUCAUAGAAAAUAAUUUAAAAUUAUAUCCAUCCCUCUGGCGCCACAGCCCAUGUAGGGUUUUGGCCUGCCUCACUGCUUCCUUCCACUCAGACCAAACUAACUUAAAAAUCAUACAUGUAGAUUCAUAGAAAAUAUAUCAAACAAAAUUCCUGCAAAUUUCAAAAAGCAAUUUUCUCUGGAAAUAUGUAAUAAGCUUUUGGGGAGUAUUUUAAAUUAUGAUUUUAAUAUUAUCAGGACAUUAAAUUUUUUUUGGUAAAAAUUGUUAUCUGCAGGUAAAAGUCUUGCAAGAAGUUGGAAGUGAUUACAAAUGUCCAGUAUCAGAGAUUAUAGCCAUUGAAAUGAGAGCUGAACAGUACUGGGAGAAAAUUAAAUUUUAUAUGGAAAAGCUGCAGAGGUAGUCACUGACAGAUUUUUAAUUUAACUUAGCUCUCUGUAUCUACAGACUAUAAUAAUUUAGAGCUUUAAUCAGAGAAGAAAUUUGGAUCAGACCAUUUUGGCCAAGCUCCGGUUCAGACAAAUUUUGUCAUCUCCAGCUCUGCCUUGAGCUGUGGCAAAAUUAAAAAGGUGGAGUGGUGGUUUAGGGGGAUUAUAAGUAAUUAAAGAAAUUUUUAUUUCAUCAUUUAAACCAUCUUAUUAACUAUUUGUUAGAGAGGCAUAUACAUUGUACAAGCAACAUAACAGUUAGAAGAGUAGGGUAACAUAGCUGGAAUAAGAGUGGGGCUCAAUAGAUGGUAGAAAAUUGGGACAACAUAGCUGUAAAAGAGUGGGCAACUUAGCUGGUAGAAAAGAUGGAGCAACAAAGCUAAUAAAAAACAGGGUAUCAAUUUUAAUAAAUCAAUUUUUUUUAAAUUUAGUUUUUAAAUUUCUAAAAAUUUAUUUAUUAAGAAAUUUUGGAUCUUGGAGCUGCAAGAAAUUUUACCAGCUCCACUUUUGCUGUGGGCAAAAAGACCCUGCUACAGAGCUGUUAGCUCCAUAUCAAUUCCUGAAAAAAGCAUUUAAAACAAUUUCAAAAAAUAAAAUUAAAGGAAAUUUUAAAAUCUUUCAAGUUAAGUUUAAAAAGUUAAGUUCUGACAAUUAGUUUAUUUAUUUCAAUUUAUAAAUUGAUCAGAAAAGGAUUAAUUAUUAAAUAACGAGUUAAAAACCAAUUUUUUUUAAAUUUGUAUAUUAGACAUCAUUAUCAUGAUAUGUAUUUAAAAAAAUAAUUAUCAGUGAUAAAAGGAAUACAAUCCGGAUGCAUCAUUAUUUUAAAAUUUCAACUACUUCCAUAAGCAAAAUUUAUAAUGACUACUAAAUGAAAUAUAUAAAAAAAGAGUUAUUCUAAUUUUUAAAACUCUAUUUCAUAGUAAAAUUAAUAUUCAAAAGGUAUAUGAAAUUAAAUGAAAUGUAAAGUUAUUGAAAUUAAUAUAUUAGAUAUUUCAUAUCUUAUGUUUAUGUAUUGCAACACUUAACUAAUAAAACGUAGCUUACUUCAUCAGCCCGACAGAUUUAUUUUCAUCUGUUAGACAAAUAUAAGUAAAUAGCAACAUAGGCAUAAAGUCAUUUUAUCUUCUUAGGAAUGAUAACCUUAUAGCUCCCAACAAAAGAUUAUUUGAAGAACCUCAAGAUAUGGAAAUUGCUCCUGAACAAAUUGAAUCCUAUUUGUCAGAAUCCAUCUUUUCUCUGGCUCUUGCUUCAAUGAGUAGGUCAGACUAUGCCAGGGCUGUUGAGGGUUUCAUGAAGAUUGGAUCUGCUGAAGCAAACCUGUAUUGUGCAAAGGUAAACCUUUCAUUUUUUGGAAUCCUACCAUUUGAUUUUUUAUUUAUCAGAUUAAUAUAUCUAGAUUCUAAUUGUAUAGGUUACGUUUUUUUUUUAUACUAAGUAAAACAUCACUUUAAACAAAAAUAAUGUUAUAAUUUUAUCUUUACAUAAAAUAAGUGCUGACAUCUUUAAAUAUAUUUCUAUCGUUAUUAUAUAUAUAUAUUUAUAUAUAUAUAUAUAUAUAUAUAUAUAUAUAUAUAUAUAUAUAUAUAUAUAUAUAUAUAUAUAUAAUAUAUUUUUAUCUUUAUUAUAUAUAUAUAUAUAUAUAUAUAUAUAUAUAUAUAUAUAUAUAUAUAUAUAUAUAUAGACAUAGAUAUAGAUAUAUAUUAAGUUAAAUUGAAUUUAAAGUAAAACAAAUAAUCAACAAUUUAUUACCAUCUGUAAGGCAAUGUAAUUUUUUGUUUAUACAAUUAUACUAAGUCAUAUUUACUACAAAUAGCUGUAUGUACCAUGAAUGAUAAUUACAUUAUGAACUUAUUGUAAUGAGAUUUAGUUAUACCUAAAAUAGAAAAAAAAUAAUUUAUAAUAAAUUAGAAAAUGACUAAUAAUUCACUUAAAAUGAAAUGUAACUAAACUAUAUUGUAAUUAGCUAGAAAUGGAAAGUUUGAAAACUUUUACUAUUAAUAUAAAAUAAUUUUUACUCUGAAUUCUAAUCUCAAUUUAAAAAAAAAUUACAGUUAAUCUGGUAUUUUUCAUUUGAACAGCUGUAAUAUUUAAUUACUUCUCAAACAUGAUUAUUUAGUUCCUUGUUUAACACAUUUGAACUAUUAUAUUGUUAGUAAUUGAAGCUACCAAUUUGUGAUUGGUGUUUAGGGAUAUAAAAAAUAGAAUGCUAUUAUUUCAGGCCUACAAACAAUGGGCAGAAAAAGAAAAAUUUGAAGAUGAUUGCACAGAGGAAAAGCAGCUUUGGAUUGAAGAACUUCUUCUCCAUUCCAGGGACCUUCUGUAUAAUCUUAUUGAGACUAGGAGGGGAGACAAGGUGAGCUGCCUCAUAUUAUUUUAUCUUUUCAUUAAACAUUUUUCUGUGUUACUUCUUUUCAGACGAGUUGGGGAUAAUUUCAUCAUGGCAUAAUUCAGAUUACUUUAAAUUCUUUUGAAUUGUUUAAUUUUUACAAUGAUCAUCAGCCAAAUAAAACUUUUCAAAUGUUUUAUUUAUUUUUGCUGUAAUGCAGAUGGAAAGCUGUGUCAAAGUAUGAUACACAGCAAACUUAAAGAGCAAAAAAGCUAAUUCAAAACAUAAUAUACAUAAAAAUAAAAUUUGGUGGAUGCCUUUGGGUGCUAUUUUUUUAUUUCUUUUUUAAAGGCGCGGGUUUUUUAAAAUUAGCUAUGUGAAUCACAAUACUUCUUAAAAUGGUAACUUAAUCAAUAGUAGUUACAAUUAAAUCCCUUUUAGAUAAUAUAUAUUAUGUUUCUAUCAUAUAAGUAUUAUAUCAUAAUGUGUCAAUAUUAUAGACUAUAUAGACUAUAAAACUGAUAAUAUUUUAUUUCCUCUAGUAAGUUUUACCAUUUAAAUGAAGAAAAGAAUUGAAAUAUAACUCAUGUUAGUUUGAUAAUUUAUAGACAACAUUUAAAAUUAAUUAUUAUUAUUUUAAAUUAAGAGCCUAAUGGAGAGUGUUGAAAAAGAAUUGGAUGAACUUGACCUGAUCAUCCAUAAAGAGAAAUUCUGUAAGUGCCUAUACAUCCCAUGAUUUUUUAUCAACUCAAUAUUUUGUUUCAAUAAAUUUUAAAGGGUUUUUUCUCAAUAAUUUCAUUUAUUAUUUCAUAUUUAUUUUUAUUUCUUAACAUUGCCCUAUUGAGAAAACAAAUAGAUUAUUAAUAAUGUAUAACACAUGCCGCUAUCCUCAUCAUCACAGCAAAAUAUAUUACAAUUCAAUAGAUUUACAGAUUGGUUUAGAUUUAUUGGAAUAAAUUUUUUUCAGCUGAAAUUCAAGACUCAUUGUGUGACAGUGGCUAUAUCCAAACUCCAUCAAAAUCAGAAUUUGAUAUCAAGUCUCCUUCAAGUGCAAGAAGAAAGCUCUUUGACAGUCCAUACUCAAUUCAGGUAGGCUAGCUGGAGCUGUGUAACAACUAUUCACUUUGAAUGAAUAAUUUGCCUGGUAAUAAUGAACAAACAAAAUUGGUCACAUGAAAAAUGGGUCUCAUUUUUAAAUAUUUAUAUUGAUAGCUAAUUCUUUUAUUAUAUUUGGUCCUAUUAGUCAAAUAAAUCUGUGUCUGCAUUUAAAUUUAUAUUUUCAACUCAUUUUUACUCAGCAAGACUCAAAAGCUGGUAGUAGAUAUAGGAGUCAAGUAGUUCAGGUGAACAGAUCUCCAACAUCUCCUGCAAAUGUUCUACAUCAAAUAAGAAAUCUACAAAUGAGCCAGCAGCAAUUGGAAGGCUCAGUUGUAACCAGAAACAAUGCACAGCAACAGAGUACAGAAGGCCUGAUUAAAAUUAUAGCAGAAAGAAAUGACCAGAUUAUUGCUGUUAACCAUCAGAUGAUUAAGGAAGUGUGUGAUAGCACCAGUGCAAUUAAGGAAACUGUGGAACAGAAUUCAGAGCUGAUAAAAAAUCUACAGGUAUGAUCCAUUGAUAAAACAGAAAUCUCUAUUGAAUUAAUUAUAAAGUCUUGAUAAUGUGUAAGUUGUGGGAAUGUAAUGCUUUGUAUUACUCAUAUUGUUUUUACCAUAUAAAUUAUUAUAAUUUUAGAUUAACUUUAUUAUUUUGUUAAACUCGUUUAUUCUCCAGAGUUUUGUGGGACAGAGCAAAAAUGUAGUGGUAGAGAUACAGGUAUGUGCUGGUACAUUUUUCAACAGCCUUUGAUUUAAAACAAAUUUAUCAAAAUAUACUUGUUGAAAUUUAAACAUUUUGAUGUCAUUUUAAGUCCUACUUAACUUAUUCCUCCCACCCCCUCCUUUUUAUUUUAUCCUCAAUAAUUUUUUAGAACAAAAUCACAAUUAAAAGUGAAGCCAUAACACCUUAGAAAAUGCCUUUUUGAGAAUAAUUUUUUUUUAAAUUUCAUUUAAUUCAACAAAACUUUUUUAUAUCCAACAUCUUCACUGGUUUAUUUCAAAAUGAAUUUUUCACUGAAUGCUUGCGAAUUUAUAGAUUAUAAGAAAAACCAGUGAAACAUUAGAUAUAUAUGAUACAACAGUAUUUUAGUUGGAAGCAUUCUUGAAAGUAUUUAAACUUUAGUUAAGGCUAUUUUAUAGGGUUAAUUGUGGUCAACUCAUAGCACAUAGCUAAAUAUGUUAUUAUUGCUAUUGGCAAAUUGCUUAGAAUUAUCUCUAAUUAAUUUUUUUUUAAAUAAUAAAAAUAUACUUUUUUUUUAAUCCUCAUUCUGAAAUACAUCACCCUCUAACAUCUCCCAAAUCUCUCAGCCCACUUUGCAAUCUUGAAGCCAAUCUGUUGAGGUGGCAGCACCUACUUUGAGAACAAUUGAUUUAAAAAAUUGGAAGUUUUGAUUUGAGAGAUGAAAACAAAACUUGUUUCUAACUAUUACAUAACAAAUAUUAUUUAGAUCAUUUUUCACUGAAUACAUUUUUUAAAUGUGUUCAACACUGCAUAAUUUUCAGAAGGAAAUUAAGGACUUGAAACAACAAUCACCAGUUGUUCAAACUCCGAGUGAUCCUGGGCUAAUUCCAAGAACUAUGGGUUCACAGUUUCCUGGAGGACAUUACCAGCAGCAAAGUAUGCUCACACCAAAUUUACAACAGCCAGGUGCACCACCUGGACAAUACCAACCAGCAUCAACUCUCAUUGAGCAGAACCACCAGCAAAGUAUCGUCACACCACAUUUACAGCAGCAAGGUUUACCAACACCUUUUUACCAACAGCCAGUUUUUGUUACACCCAACAACCAUGCGCCAGAUUCAUUUGCAGCACAGCCAGAAGAAGGAAAUUUCUUUUCAAUGGAGGGACAACAAUUUCCAGGAAAUUGUUCACAGCCCCAAGUAUUGAACACUCCUCAGCAGGUUGGUAUUAAUGAUUAAUUGCAUUUGAUACCUAAGAUAGAUUGACUGAUUUAGAACUUAACAUUUUGUGCCAUUAUGUCUGGAUUUUAACCUCCUUUUUUAGGAUAACUCUCCUUAUUUUUAUAAACUAUUGAUGAUCUCAAUUAAUAAUGCUUAUUGCUUCUUUAGAAUGCUACUGGAAUUCUCAUUUCAAAAAUUAAACCAGUGGGUAAAAAAGAAAUGUUUUGAAUGAAUCGACCUUGUUUUCACUUCCAAAACUUUUUGAAACAUAUUUUUCUUAAUUACUUUGUGUAGCUUUUUUUUUUUUAGCUGGGAAUGAAACUAAAAAUAUAUAAAAUGAUGAGCAUGAUUAUAAGCGCUCGGUUUGCUAGUUAUUUAAUGUUACUCUCAUUAAUGGACUCACAAGUGUAGACAUAAGUUGAAUAUGUUUGUCAAAUAAAUUUUGAUAAAUGUCAUUUGAGCACAUUAACAGAAAAAGAACUCUAUAGUUAUUGAUACUGAUCAACACAAGAGAUUCUGACGUUCCUUAUAAAAAAAGCCCCCCCCCACUUACUCCUAAAUUAUAAUUUUCUUUGCCUGUCUGGAUCAGGCUAAUAAUAUAUUGCAUCUUGCCGGUGUUAUUAAGUGUUGUGCAUGUAAAACCCAACAGCCCCAAUUUUUUCAGCCCAUGCAUUUUUUUUACUAUUCUGUAGCUAUGAUAUAUUUACAGCAUCUCAACAAGAAAUCUGGUAAAGCUGAGAGGAAGAAUCAACACAGAGUUACUGCUUUUUCCUUGUCUGGCAAUAAUAAACCAAUGCAUGGAGCACAAGGUCCAGAACCAGAUACAUCCACACCUGUGGUGGAAAUCUCAGAGGCACUGUUAGACAUUGUGUUAGAUAAAGUAAAACAGGAAGUGAAAUCAGUUGAGAAAAAACAAAGGGAACAAACAGAAAGGGGAAAUAUCCUUCAAGCACAAAUGGAAGAAUUCUUUACGGCAAAUAGAGAAAUGCAAGAGAAAUUAAAGGAACAAUCGGAGCAGAAAAGAAUGGAACAAGUUGAAAAGGAACAGAAAGAACACAUGGAACAGUUGAUAAAAGAAAGGGAACGUGCCCAGAAACUGGAACUGAAACAGAGAAAAAUAGAGGAAGAAUUAGACAGAAAACAAAUGGAGGAUAAUAAAAAGUUGGAACAAAUGCAAAAUGAGAUCAUGCAAUUAAAACGAAAGGAAGAAAUUCAACAAAGGGCACUUAUAGAACAGGAACAAAUGCUGAAUAAACAAAGGGAAGAAAUCCAACAAAGGGAAGAAACCCAAAAAAGGGAAAAAGCACAAAUGGACCUACUGGAAACAAUUUUAAGAGAACAAAAGGAGCAAAAAGAUAAAUUUGCAGAAAUUCAAAAACAGCUGGAGGAGUUUAAACUUAAAGAAGAAACCAGACAGAGAGAGCUGAUUGAACGGGAACAAACGGAGCUUAAAAAAAGGGCAGUAAUCCAACAAAGGGAAGAAAUGCAACAACGAGAAGAAGCCCAACAAAGAGAAGAAGCCCAACAAAGAGAAGAAGCCCAACAAAGAGAAGAAGCCCAACAAGGGGAACAAAUGCAUAGAUCAACUGGACAACAACCUAAUUAUACUACACCCAUGGGCAGGAAAAUUAUCAAAGACCCUAAAUUCAAAAUUUCCCCACAAAGAUCCUCUGCUGACGGCACACUCUUCAGCCAGACUUGGGCAUUCAGCAGUACUUCAAGUUUUGAAACAUCAGUGAAACAUGAUCAUGACAAAGAAGUAACCAACAGACAUGAAAAAUCUCAGACAAAUCUGAAAUCUCUAGCAGCCUUCAAGCCAGCUUUGCAAGACAAGACUGCAAUACUAAAACCAAAAGUCACAAUGGAAUCUGCUAGGUCUGAUAUGACCUACUGCGACCUUACAGUCAACAAAUCUGAUCCUAAGUCUACAGAGUCUGUGAGUUAUGUUGGUUAAUAUUCUAUCCUUAUUUUGGUUAAUAUAUUAUCCUUACCUUGGUUAAUAUAUUAUCAUUAUGUUUGUUAAUAUGUUAUCCUUUUUUGGGUUAAUAUAAUAUCUCUUUGUAAGUUAAACUUCAUUUUCCUGUAAACAUUAACUCCUUAUAUUUGUAGGAAUUAGACAUUUUUGGUUAAAUUCUAUUUAGACAAAUGCACAGAAGCUUAAAGCAAUGUAACAGGUGCAUAUGAUUUCACUUUGUCCCAGUGACAAUGAUUUCAAUUUUUUUAGGAACAUUGCUUAAUCAAAUAACACACUUGAAAAAAACUAUUAAUGUGAUUAACUUUUUAAAAAAUAUAUAUUUUUUUAUUGAUUUUGAAAUCUCAUAGAAACCUACAGCCACUCAUGGUGAAAUUUUGCUGAAUUGCUCAGAGAAAAUGACAGGUAGCUAAUUUAGUUUUCAUACAAUCUAUAUGUCAACAAUAGGUAUACCAACUGUAGCAGAGGUGGACAAAUCAUGGCUGGUGAGCCAAUUGUGGCUUUUGACACAGUCUUGAAUGGCUCUUUAAAAAAAAAAAAAUCAUAAAAAGGACAAAAAUUACAAAAAAAGAACGUGUAAUUUGAAUCUUCCAUUGCAAAUAUCACUUCUAUUCAGAUGAUUCGGAUAAACUGCGCCCCCUCCACUUUUUCCCAUUUAUGGCUCCAAUGCCUCUGUUACCUUUUAAAUUUAAAAGUUGUCUGAUAAGGUAUCUAAAGUUUAUUCAUCUGUGAUAGGCCUAUUUGUGUACAAUAUCAGCUGAUCUUGGCAAGAUUUUUCUUGAAACGUUUUAGAAUUAAUAAAAAAUUAUUGAAUUGAACAGGUAAUACACAGUUAAUAUCACUAAAGUGCCACAUUUUUCAAUAUGACACUGCAACUGGAAAGUGGCAAAGAAAAGUGAGGGGCAACAUUAAGAUUGAACAAAACAAAUUAGAGCAGCAGUUCAGACUGGUGAUUACUCACAAGGUAUUCAUUGAUUUUAUGUUGUAAUAUUUUAAUAGAUAAAGCUGCUUCCUUUUUGAACUUGCGUGGGUAGAAAUGAUGCCUUCAGUAGUUGAUUUAAAUAAUUAUAAAAACUUUCCUUAUAAAAAUAUGGAAGAAAAGUAAAAGUAACUCAUAAGUUUAAUAUAAGGAUGAAUGUCAAUUCAUUUACAAAAACAUUUUAUUGUCUAGAAGUUGCAAAUGUUUUUAAUUGAAAAUGUUUGCUCAAGUUCUUUAUUUGAAUUGUAUAAAGUACUUAAUAUGUUUUUUUCAAAUCUGUCUUACACAGACCAGUGAAAUGUUUGCAACACAUGUCAUCACAUCCAACAUGAAACUGUUGCUUUUGUCAAAGUCUGAUCGCAAACUAAUGUUUACAUGGGCUGAUGCUAACUCUAGAUUAAUUAAAAAAAGGGGAAACAGUUCUGGAAUGAAGGGGAACAACCCCGAGCCAUUUGUCAUUAAAGUUGUGAACACGAUAAAAGCAAAACAACUUCUGAAGGUGUUUGAAGAUUGUCUGCAGCAAGUAGGUCCUGUGACAAUUGAUGAUUCCAGUGAAGACUCGAGUGAUGUCACCAGUGAAGAUCUCAGUGGGGAGGAAACAUCUCUACAUGAGGCCAACUCUUGCACAGAGUCCCCUCGAGGAACAGCAGCAUUCAAAGCACAGAAUUCAAGAAAGGUCUUUACAUCAAACGCUACAAAGGGUAGGACAUGUAGUGAUUUAAACUUUAGAAUCAUAAUAAGUUUUAUAUCUCUUUAAUUAAACAAGAAAAAAGUUCUGAUGGAACCAAUGCCCAUAAAAUGCUUAUUAAAAUCCACAAGCAUUUUCAUAAAUUCUGCAUUUGAUCAUUAUAUAAUUUAGAAGGGAAAGUUUUCUUCAAAUGCAUUUUGUCAAGGUGUUAGAAUCACUGAGCUUCUGUUUGUGCCAGGCGGGCAUAAGUUAUAGGCGUAGGGAUACAAAAGGUAAGGGGUCGCACGGUAGUGUGUGCAGGUGGUCAGUAGGUCAGUAGAGCAGGGAGAGCGAGUGGGGUAGAACGCUGAACGUAUCAGCGUUAUUGUUAGUUGGAGUUGUUAGUAAUAGUACCGGUGGUAGUAGUGGUAGUAAACAGUAGUGUUUUGAUCCUAGUAGUAUCUGUGAUUCUUUGGCUAAACUUGUUAGCAGAACCCAGAGUAUUUAUGGGAGAUUACUUAGAUUAAAUUGUAGUAGAUAAUAUAAUAAAGCGCAUAAUUAAUAACCCGUAAUAACUCUUGAGUCAAGUGUUUGUGUACUCUUGUGUGCUAGUGUACAGUGACAGUGUAUUGUAGUAUUGGUAAAUUAUCAUACCCCAAGACAACAGAGCCACACGGACUAAAUUCGUGACACAUUUGUUAGCCUAAAUUCCUUCUGUUUUAGCAUAUUGACAUCAAUUUUAAAAAUUAUAGACUAAAGAUAAUGUUGGUCUUUUUUAAAUUCAUAAAUUGUAAACGUUUUUUAAGUACAGAUUGGAAUAUAAUUAUUAUGAAGCAAUUGUGAUAUGCUCUUUCUGUUGAUAACAUUAAGUAAUUUGGACAUUUCUUAAUUUAAUACAGAAACUUCUUUUGUAUUGUAAGAAUCAAACAGCAUUUUAAUAUGUGGUGCUGGCUUACACCAGCUUGAUAAAAUGUUUUACUGGAACUUUUAAUAUUACACUCUAUUAUCUGUCACAAUUGUUCAUUAAAAUAAUUUGCAGGUAACGCAGGCCUAAUAUUUAAUUGAUUUAUAAAGCAACAGGCCUCCAGACUAUGAGUGUAAAAUAUAAAAUUGAACCAGAAAAAUUGGCUUUGACAUAGCUAAUGUUUGCUUAUUUUUGUAGUGAACAUGAUAAAUAGUCCUGCUCCCAUUUGUAUUGGACUGGAUCAUCUAUUUCUCUCAAGCUGUUCAGAAUAUUAAAACAGGGCAUUGCAAAUUAAUUAUUUUUGUUCCAAUUAUAAAUGAUAAUUUGUAUUUAUAUAUGAGGUCCAUGAAAAUAAUCAGUCUUUCAUGAUUCUUUUUAAGGUGGAGCUUCGAUUUAUUACAAUUUUGAUAAUUUUUUUAGCUUUCUGAAUUUACAAAAAGUACUGCUUUCAACAGGAUUAACUUUAUAUGUGAUGAGCAGUCAUUAUCAAGCUGAGGUUGUCAUAAAGUAUUUAUGUUUAAACAAUGUUUCAGAUGGCAGAAUAGAUAAGCACAGACCAAAUAAGGUUCAAGGCAAGUGUUAACAGCAACAUAUUUUUUAAGCUUAGAAUGUACGAUUUUCACCAGAGAAAAGUGAUGAGAAUAGAUUGAUACAAGUUAUGGUAAAUGAGAGUGAUGAGAAUAGAUUGAUACAAGUUAUGGUAAAUGAGAGUGAUGAGAAUAGAUUGAUACAAGUUAUGGUAAAUGAGAGUGAUGAGAAUAGAUUGAUACAAGUUAUGGUAAAUGAGAGUGAUGAGAAUAGAUUGAUACAAGUUAUGGUAAAUGAGAGUGAUGAGAAUAGAUUGAUACAAGUUAUGGUAAAUGAGAGUGAUGAGAAUAGAUUGAUACAAGUUAUGGUAAAUGAGAGUGAUGAGAAUAGAUUGAUACAAGUUAUGGUAAAUGAGAGUGAUGAGAAUAGAUUGAUACAAGUUAUGGUAAAUGAGAGUGAUGAGAAUAGAUUGAUACAAGUUAUGGUAAAUGAGAGUGAUGAGAAUAGAUUGAUACAAGUUAUGGUAAAUGAGAGUGAUGAGAAUAGAUUGAUACAAGUUAUGGUAAAUGAGAGUGAUGAGAAUAGAUUGAUACAAGUUAUGGUAAAUGAGAGUGAUGAGAAUAGAUUGAUACAAGUUAUGGUAAAUGAGAGUGAUGAGAAUAGAUUGAUACAAGUUAUGGUAAAUGAAAGUGAUGAGAAUAGAUUGAUACAAGUUAUGGUAAAUGAGAGUGAUGAGAAUAGAUUGAUACAAGUUAUGGUUAAUGAGAGUCAUGAGAAUAGAUUGAUACAAGUUAUGGUAAAUGAGAGUGAUGAGAAUAGAUUGAUACAAGUUAUGGUUAAUGAGAGUCAUGAGAAUAGAUUGAUACAAGUUAUGGUAAAUGACAGUGAUGAGAAUAGAUUGAUGCAAGUUAUGGUAAAUGACAGUGAUGAGAAUAGAUUGAUACAAGUUAUGGUAAAUGAGAGUGAUGAGAAUAGAUUGAUACAAGUUAUGGUUAAUGAGAGUCAUGAGAAUAGAUUGAUGCAAGUUAUGGUAAAUGAGAGUGAUGAGAAUAGAUUGAUACAAGUUAUGGUAAAUGAGAGUGAUGAGAAUAGAUUGAUACAAGUUAUGGUUAAUGAGAGUCAUGAGAAUAGAUUGAUACAAGUUAUGGUAAAUGAGAGUGAUGAGAAUAGAUUGAUACAAGUUAUGGUACAUGAGAGUGAUGAGAAUAGAGUGAUACAAGUUAUGGUACAUGAGAUUGAUAUGAAUAUAUUGAUACAAGUUAUGGUACAUGAGAGUGAUAUGAAUAGAUUGAUACAAGUAAUAUUACAUCAUCAUCAUAUUGUGCUUUUAACCAAGUACACUAUCCCUUGAGAUUUUUAGUUUCUCGAAAUUUUUAACAUUUUAUAUGAAAAAUAACUUCGUGAAAAUGUUCUCUUUGGAUUAAAUUCUUAUUAGUUCCUGGUAAUGUUACUAUUUGGAGCUUUCUUUCCUGUCAGGCUACUUUCAAAGCUAAGUCUUUUUCUUAUUCUUUGUCUUUUUUCGUAUGUCAGUGAAACCAUUCAGCUGAAUGGUUCCAUUGUAGUUUUUUUUUGUAUUUCUUAUUCUUAACAUUCCCUUGAAUUUGAAAAGUGCAAUGAUAAUGCACAAUUGUUUGGCAUCAUGUGUCUGGUAUUUAGACAACCUAAUCAGAAUGUUAAUAUUUUUUUUAAAAAAUACUAACUGAAUUUAGAUUUUGAUAUAAGUUUAAUUUUAAAAAUAACUCUAUUUAAUUUGGAAAUAUUUUCAAAAUCUAAGUUCCACUUUGUUAAACCAGAGUUAAACAGAUUAUGUAAGUUGUGAGUCUUCCAAGCUGUUGUUGCCAACACAUAUUUAAUUUCCUGUACAUUUUUUUGUUGCUUUCAGUUGGUCUGGGAAGACAACUUGACCAUGGACAGACUUGGACACCAGGCAAGUUACAAAAUACAACUUUUCUACUUCUUUUGUUUUUACUUAAACGGGCUCAUGGAGAAUUAGUCUCUGAAUAAUUUAUUUCAUCAGCCCUCAAGCACACUGCACUACAUUGGUAUCAUUGCAUAGUGAAUUAAAAUAUGAUUUGAUGGUUUAUUUUACAUUAUAUUACACAACCUAAUUUUUAUUUCUUCAAAUACAUACGUGAAAAAUGAGUACAAUGUGUGACUAAUUAGGUCAGUGAAUGCUUUCACUAGGAAUAACUCAAUUCUGUAACUGUGUAAGUUUCCAAAAAGAAAUAAUGUAAAAAAAAAAAUAAAAUAAAACACAACGUGUGUAGAAUAAAAAAAAAUCCUUUAUUUAUUUCAGAUUCGAGUUCAAAAUUUGAUUUACAUACAAGUAAAGGAAACAAAACAAAUUUAGCAGAUCAAAACCACGGUGGCCAAAAAUAUGAAUUUACAAACAAAGGCAACAAAAUGCAACAAACUACUGUUUGUAAACAUAGUAUAUCUUAUGAUGAAAAGCAAGACAAUGAAACAACUAACAAAGAAGAUGAUGAAGGGCAAGACAAUGAAACAACAUACAAUAAAGAUGAUGAGGAGCAAGACAAUGAAACAACAAACAAUGAAGAUGAUGAAGAACAAGACAAUGAAACAACAGACAUUGAAAAUGAUGAUAGAGCACAAGACAAUGAUAGAACAGAAAAAGAAGAUAAUGAUGAACAAGAUGAUGAAAAACCAUGCAAAGAAGAUAAUGAUAAAGAAUACAAUAAAAAAGAAGACACAAAAUAUUAUGAGGAAACAGACAAUGAAAAAGGAACAGAAAACAAGGCAGAUCCUAAAGAACAAAACAAUAAAACGGAAUUCAAUGAUAUUAAUAAGAACCAGGACAUUGAAAAAUUGUCACAACAAAAUGAAGGUCAUAAGAGACAGAGAAAAGAAAAAUUAUCAGAAAAAAAUAAAGAUCCUAAGACACAAGACAUUGAAACAGCAUUAGAAAAGACUGAAGAUCGUAAGAAAGAUGAAAUUAAAUCUGUACAAGAAAAAUAUCAGGAUAAUAACAAACAGGACAUUAUUUCAUUAUCAGAAGGCAAUGAAAGUCAAAAGAAACCUUACAAUGAAACAGUAUCACAACAAAAUGAAAUUCUUCAAAAACAGGAAAAUGAAACAGUAUCUGGAAAAAAAGAAGAUCCUAAGAAAGAGGACAUUGAAACAACAUCAGGCAAAAAUAAAGAUCCUAAAAAGCAAAACAUUGAAACAGUAUCAGGAAGCAAUGAAGAUCCUAAGACAAAAGACAUUGAAACAGCAACAGAAAAGACUGAAGAUCUUAAGAAAGAUGACAUUGAAACUGUACUAGAAAAAGAUAAAAAUAAAAAGAAACAGGACAUUGAAACAUUAUCAGAAGAUAAUGUAGAUCAAAAUAAUCCUAAAAAUGAAAGAGCAUUACAACAAAAUAAAGGCCUUAAGAAACAGGAAAGUAAAACAUUAUCAGAAAACAAUGAAGAUCCUAAGACACAUGACAUUGAAACAGUAUCAGAAAACACUGAAGGUCUUAAGAAAGAUGACAUUGAAACAGCAUCAGAAAAAACUGAAGAUCCUAAUAAACAGGAAUUGGAAACAGGAUCAGAAACCAAUAAAGAUCCUAAAAAACAGGAAUUUGAAACAGGAUCAGAAACCAAUAAACAUCCUAAGACAAAAUACAUUGAAACUGUAUCAGAAAACAAUGAAGAUCAUAAGACACAAGACAUUAAAACAGCAUCAGAAAACACUGAAGAUCUUAAACAACAGGACAUUGCAACAGUAUCAGAAACCAAUAAAGAUCCUAAAAACAACACUAUUGAAACAGCAAUAGAAAACACUGAUCCUAAGAAAGAUGGCAUUGAAACUGAAUCAGAAAAAGAUAAAGAUAAUAAGCAAAAGGACAUUGAAGCAUUAUCAAAUAAAAAUGCAGAUCAAAAGAAACCUAACAAUGAAACAAUAUCACAACAAAAUAAAAUCCUUAAGAAACAGGAAAAUAAAACAUUAUCAGAAAACAAUGAAGAUCGUAAUAAACAGGAAUUGGAAACAGGAUCAGAAACCAAUAAAGAUCCUAAAAAACAGGAAUUUGAAACAGGAUCAGAAACCAAUAAACAUCCUAAGACAAAAUACAUUGAAACUGUAUCAGAAAACAAUGAAGAUCAUAAGACACAAGACAUUAAAACAGCAUCAGAAAACACUGAAGAUCUUAAACAACAGGACAUUGCAACAGUAUCAGAAACCAAUAAAGAUCCUAAAAACAACACUAUUGAAACAGCAAUAGAAAACACUGAUCCUAAGAAAGAUGGCAUUGAAACUGAAUCAGAAAAAGAUAAAGAUAAUAAGCAAAAGGACAUUGAAGCAUUAUCAAAAAAUAAUGAAAAUCAAAAGAAACCUAACAAUGAAACAAUAUCACAACAAAAUGAAGUCCUUAAGAAACAGGAAAACAUUAAAGAUCCUAAGAAACAGGAUUUUGAAACAGGAUCAGAAAAGACUGAAGAUUCUAAGAACGAUAAAAUUAAAACUGUACCAGAAAAAGAUCAAGAUAGUAAAAAGCAGGACAUUAUUUCAUUGUCAGAAGGCAAUGAAAGUCAAACCAAACCUGACAUUGAAACAGUAUCACAACAAAAUGAAAAACUUAAAAAAGAGGAAAAUGAAACAGUAACAGGAACCAAUGGAGAUCCUAAGACACAAGACAUCAAUACAGCAUCAGAAAAGACUGAAAAUAAUCAGAAACAUGUCAUUAAAACAUCAGAAGACAAUGAAAAUCAAAAGAAACAGAAAAGUGAAACAGUAUCAGAAAACAAUGAAGAUUAUAAGAAUCAGGACAUUAAAAGAGAAACAGAAAAGAAACAAUAUCAUGGUGGACUAGGUGAUGAGUUAGGAAAAGAAGAAGAAAGCAGAGUACAGAAUUUAAGGAACAACACUGGGAAACAAACACAUUUAAUUAAACAAUUUCAAAAGAAACAAGAUAAAACAUUAGAAACAGAAAAAAAAGAUGAUGUUAAAGAACAAAACAUUGAACCAGAAAACAACGUAGGUUAUAAGACAAAAGACAAUGAACACCAGAAGGAAGUAAAUAAAUUAUAUUAUAGAGAACAAGAUUUAAAUACUUCUGAAGAGGAACCACAAACACCGAUUGCUGGUGAAGAAAAAUGUAGGGAAUCCAAAAGAGAAUCAUCAUCACUGGAUUUUUUUAGAUUUACUACACAGCAAAGGUUUAAUACAGAAUGUGUAGAAAAUAUAAGGGAGAACUUGAACAAAGGUCUCAGGGAUACUACUGGACAAGGAGCUGAUUCAAGACUACUAGUUAACAUUGGACAAAGUGCUAUUAUGAGGCAACCAGGUAUUAAUGGACAAAGUGCUAAUACAAGGCAACCAGGUCAUAAUGGACAAAGUGCUCAUGCAGGGCAACCAGGUGAUAAUGGACAAGGUGCUAAAGCAAGACAACCAGGUGAUAAUGGACAAAGAGUUAAUGCAAGACAGUCAGGUAAUAAUGGACAAAGUGCUAAUGCAAGACAGCCAGGUAACAAUGGACAAAGUGAUAAUGCAAGACAGCCAGGUAACAAUGGACAAAGUGCUAAUGCAAGGCAACAAGGUGAUAAUGGACAAGGUGCUAAAGCAAGACAACCAGGUGAUAAUGGACAAAGUGCUAAUGCAAGGCCACCAGGUGAUAAUGGACAAGGUGCUAAAGCAAG